AUGCAGACUUUGGCCCCGAAUCUAAUCUUGAAUCAGGAUCCUCUUUUGACGACCCCGACACUGACCCCGACUAUGACGACGACGAUGACCUCGACUCUGACUCCGACUCCGACAACGACCUCGACCCCCCACUCCGAUGAUGACUCCGACCCCGACCCCGAAUUUGUCUUUGAUUCAGACCCCGAUCCCGACUUCGACUCCGACUCCGACCCCGACUCAGGCUCAGAUCCCGAUCCGAAUUCCUACUAA